AUGAAAAUGAAGUCUGCACUGUAUUUGUCUUUGGUGCUUGUUGGGCUUCAAGUCCAGGCUCUUCAUAUACCCAACCACAGUGAUGAACAGGAGGACCAAGACACACCUCAUUCCCCUGCUGAAGGUGAAAACUUGGCUCACCUCAAGAUAGCCCCCAGCAAUGCUGACUUUGCAUUUAGAUUUUACAAGCAGGUCACAGAGGAGGAAAGUAACAAGAACGUUUUCUUCUCUCCUUUGAGCCUCUCCACUGCCUUUGCAAUGCUCUCCCUGGGCGCCAGAGCGCACACGCUCAGUCAACUGCACAAAUGCCUCGCUUUCAACCUGACAGAGCUGGAGGAGCGGGAGAUCCAUGACGGCUUUCAGAGACUCCUCCAGCUGCUGAAUGAUCCUCACCGAGAGGUCCAGCUGAGUAUGGGCAAUGCCCUGUUCAUAAAUAAUGAACUGAAACUGCGCCAAAAGUUUUUGGAAGAUGUCACAACUUUUUAUGAUUCUGAAGCUAUUUCUAGUGACUUCCAGAAUUCUGAAAACGCUGUAAAUGAAAUCAAUAACUAUAUAAAAACAAAAACCCAUGGCAAAUUUGUUGACUUCCUGCAGAAUCUUAGUCCGGAUGCUUUGAUGAUUCUGAUUAACUAUGUUUACUUUAAAGGCUACUGGGAACAACCUUUCAAGAGUUUCCGCACCAGAGAUGAUGACUUCUUUGUUGAUGCCAAGAAUUCUGUUAAGGUCAAAAUGAUGUAUCAAAGCAAAGUCCAUAAUAUCCAUCGGGAUGAGAAAUUGUCUUGCUGGGUAGUAGAAAUCCCAUAUAAAGGAGAUGUUGCUGCCUUGUUUGUUCUGCCUGAUGAAGGGACAAUGAAGCAGGUGGAAGAUGCUCUGCUAAAAGACACAGUGUCUAAUUGGAGCCAAUCACUUGAAGAAAGACCAAUUGAACUUUACCUUCCAAAAUUCUCCAUCUCUGGCUCCUAUGAUGUCAAGAACCUAUUUAUAAAAAUGGGUGUGACAGAUGUGUUCAGUAACAAUGCUGACCUCUCUGGAGUGGCAGAAGGUGACCGCCUUAUGGUUUCCAAGGCAAUUCACAAGGCUGAGGUGGAUGUUAAUGAGAAUGGUACGGAGGCAGCUGCAGUGACCAUGAUAGAAUUGGUACGGUUGUCUGAAGUUUUCCCUCUUCCUCAUGUCAUCAAAUUCAACAGACCCUUCCUGAUGUUGAUUGUUGACAAAACCACCUACAGCAUCCUCUUCAUGGGGAAAAUUGUGAACCCAACUGUCAAGGAAGGCUAGGCCAGAGCACUUGUACUCCAUAGAAGAGAGGAGAGAGCUUGUGCACAUCCCAGUGACUUCUUUGCAAGAAGAGACUGGCAUUGAUCCUUAAUUAAAAAAUAAAACAAUUUUACAUGAUGUUAUUCCUCACUUUCAAUAGACAGCUGGGGACAAGUGGGAGUAGGCCUUGUAUACGAAAUAUCCCAGGGCAAAAACGCAGCCAUGGGAUCUUCAACAGACAAAUAUUUCCCUGCCUUGCUCACUCAUCACUGGUGCCACAGACCCUUGCAUGCAGGUAAACCCUCCUUCUCCUGGCUGGUAGUCUCCCUAUGUCUCUCAUGUCCUAUAUGUCCAGUUCUCAGCUCAGAAACUCCACAAAUCUAUCACCAUCAUCUGAGGAACCUUCCAUUCCUUCUCUUCUGUUGAACUGUGAAUUCCAGAAGUCUUCUUUUGCUCUGAAACCUUUAAUAUAUUCAGUAUCUAAGGAUGAA